CUACGAAUAACCACAACCUCCAUCGCGCUGGUCUGUUUGUCAACAAAGCGUAAUGUGCUGGAUGUGUUAAGAAUAUUGUAGGAUCCUCAACCUUUACAAAAGCUUCCCAAUGAGUAGUGAAUUGAAAAUAGCGAUACUAAACUUUACCACUGCUUGAACCCUAAUCAUUCAUCUGUAUCUUCAUCAGUACAACAGUAGAAGAGUAUGGGACCCACGCAUGGAAGGCAUGAUCGCGUUGGACGAGGAGCUACAAAACACGAUCAUCGACUUUAUGAAGAUGCCCCUAGAAGAUUUCAAAUACUUGCUGUCCCUGUCACCUUUUCGCCUCCGUCGGCCGGAAGCUUACACACGGGAUGCGAUUACACCGAAACAAAUGCUGAUAAUCACCUUAAGGUUUCUGGCUUCCUGAUUAAAGUUAUAAAACGCUGGAAAGGGCCUAUUGGUGCCGCAGCAAUCGAUCGCCUUAUUCAUCCCCGAGGUGUGCACCUUCCUAAUCACGUUCCUUCGCAAAUACGUAAAGCUUCCUUUCACGAAAUCAGAAUGGCGUAAGGUGUGUAAAGAAUUUUCACGAAAAUCCCGCCUGCGAUAGGGACCAUCUGUGGAAAGCACAUUGCUAUCAAACGAUCGGCGAAGGCUGGCAGCGACUAUUGGAACCACAAACAGUUUUACAGCAUUGUGCUGUUGGCCGUUGUGAAUGCCA